CGGCCAAACACAGAGGCCUCUCGCGAUACUGGGUUCGCCAGACCGAGCUUAUUGUGCUUUACCUUCGAGCGUAUCGCUGUCCCAGCGUCCUCUCAGCUUGCCAUUCUGCAUUGACCAGCUUGCUACUUUGCAUACAAGUUUAGGGAGGCUUUGCCAUGGCGGCGUUCGCUCCUCUCGAUGAGCCUCUCACAAAUGGCUCAGCUAGUAAGAAGAAGGUCGCAUACUUCUACGACUCCGAUAUUGGCAACUAUGCCUACGUUGCUGGUCAUCCCAUGAAACCACAUCGUGUCCGGCUCACACACAGCCUGAUUAUGAAUUAUGGCCUUUAUAAAAAGAUGGAGAUAUACCGCGCAAAGCCUGCAUCACGACUUGAAAUGACGCAGUAUCAUACCGACGAAUACGUCGACUUCCUCCAGAAGGUGACGCCUGACAAUAUGGACAACUACGCGAAGGAACAAGGCAAAUAUAAUGUGGGAGAUGACUGCCCGAUCUUUGACGGCUUAUUCGAAUUCUGUGGAAUCAGCGCCGGAGGAAGUAUGGAAGGCGCAGCGAGAUUAAACCGUCAAAAGUGUGAUAUCGCGGUCAAUUGGGCUGGUGGACUCCACCAUGCGAAGAAGAGCGAAGCCAGUGGUUUCUGUUACAUCAACGAUAUCGCUCUUGGUAUCAUCGAACUUUUACGUUACAAACAGCGUGUUCUGUACAUUGAUAUCGACGUCCACCACGGAGAUGGAGUGGAGGAAGCAUUCUACACCACGGACCGAGUCAUGACUUGCUCUUUUCACAAGUACGGAGAAUACUUCCCUGGAACUGGUGAACUUCGCGAUAUUGGUGUAGGCUCUGGAAAAUACUAUUCAGUUAAUGUCCCUCUCCGCGACGGCAUUACAGACCAGUCCUUCAAAAGUAUUUUUGAGCCUAUCAUCAAAGCUGUCAUGGAGUACUAUAGGCCGGAAGCCGUCGUUUUGCAAUGCGGCGGUGACAGCCUUUCUGGAGAUCGUCUUGGCUGUUUCAAUCUAAGCAUGAAGGGCCACGCAAACUGUGUCAAUUUUGUCAAGAGCUUCAACCUGCCUACUUUAGUGUUGGGAGGGGGAGGUUAUACCAUGAGAAACGUUGCUAGAACAUGGGCAUUCGAGACAGGUGUCGUUGUUGGGGAGUCAAUUGGCCCAGAGCUUCCAUACAACGAUUAUUACGAGUAUUACGCUCCCGAUUAUGAGCUGAACGUAAGGCCCUCGAAUAUGGACAAUGCCAACACACCAGAAUACCUCGAGAAGAUUAGGAAUCAAGUGUUCGAAAAUUUGAAGCGAACGACAUUUGCUCCUUCCGUUCAAAUGACUGACGUCCCUCGUGACCCGGAAGGAAUGGAUGACGAGGCAGAUGCUGCUCUUGAUGAUCUUGACGAGGAUGAAAACAAAGAUGUUCGGCAUACACAACGGAGAUGGGACAAGUUUGUCGAAAAGGAAGGCGAACUGAGCGACAGCGAGGACGAGGACAUUGCCGGUCAAAAUGGUCUCCGGAAGCAGCCUGGUGCGACCAGGCGAAGAAAUAUCAUGGAUUACCAGAACCCUUACUCUGCUCCCGAAUUCGGGGAGGAUAGUGGAAUGGGUACACCAGAUGUGGCUGUAAGUCAGGAUGAGGCCGCACCCACUUCAGGCAAACUAGAAAUGGAUAUCGAGCCCCCCGAAGAAAAGCCAUCUGAAGUCGCAACUCCAGUGGCUGCCGGAGAAACAGCUGCAUCUACUGCAGCAUCUCAGCCCGCGUCGCCAGCUCGUGAAGCUGUUGACAAUGACGGCGAUGUUGAUAUGGAGGAUAGCCGACCCGCUGGGGAUCAACCCGCCGAAAGGGCCGGUGCUCAGGUGACUCCUCCUGAGUCGCCUCAACCAGCAGCCGACGUAGCGCCAGAGGCGACCACUACUGCCGAAAAUGAAGACGAAGAAAUGGCAGAAGGAGAGGUGGCAGAUGACACUUCUAUUGCUAAAGAGGAGGGGCGGGAAGAACGGGAAACCGAGGACGUUGCAGGAGAAAAGGCGACUGAAGCAGAAAAGCGCGUUGAGGAUACCUCAGAGGAGCCAACAAAGGAAAAUACAAAAGAGCCAAGUGAGGGUCCGGCAGAAAAGACUGUUGAAAAACCAGCUGAACCCCCGGCUGAGGAAGUGCUUGAAAAGGCAGAGGAGAAGCCGGUUGAAGUUUCAGAUGAAAAGGCGGAAGAAAAACCUACGGAAAAAGCAGCGGAAGAAAUACAGACAUCGGAAAGCUAGCAUUGCAGCUCCUGAAAAAGUGCAUGCCGAACCCUAUCUCAUGGCCGUGAGCUUGAUACAAACAUCCACGGCCAAUGGCAGGUGUCGAGGCGUUUCAAUGGCGGCGCUGGGAUAUUUUCUUUUCAUUUUUAUUUUAUUUUGAAUGACACCUACGAUAUCUUGUAUUAUAGAGAAUCUUGCUGAAACGAAUUUUAAUCAAUACUCGAAAGCCACCGUUUGAGGAGGAUCAUCGAACAAAUCAAGCCUCCUUAAGACAUCUUCGUUGUGACUCGCUUGCAGGGGCUACAAG